CACUUAUUAGGAUUGGGCAUCAAGAGACGGCCGAAGAACGGUGUGCAGGACACCGCCUGCAAGCCACGAUCGCACGACCGGGGACAGAGUCCAGAAUGAACACACGAAGUUCGCACCGCCGGUCGCCCGGCGCGGAACCCGUGGCACCCCCGACCGUUCCUCCGCGCUCCAUCUCGCCCGCCGUUGGCGCCGGCGUCAACCGCUCCGUUGCCUCUCGCACUUCAGGAUCCGCACGGUCGGUGCAGCCUACAAACGCGAGUGGGAGUAGCAGCAGGAGUGAUGGAACCAGACGGGCCAACUCGUCAGGGAGUAGUUCCUCGGCACCGCUGUCCCAGAUCGAAAAAAGUGUCACACACCUACUUGUUGCUACCAAGCAACUGCUGGAGACACUCACACAAUGGUCGCGAGGAAACGCAAGCGACACCCAGGUAUCCGACGUCUACGUUCGUCUGGGUUACGAGUUUAAUAUGGCCUGCCGUGCUUUUAGCGCCAUCAAUGUCGACACGUCUGACCUCGGGAACGUACCCGAACUGCUGAGGGAUAUCUUGGAGGCCACUCUGAGCCAGGAAGCGAGCGCCGAAAGCUUGGAGAGGUAUCUGCCGAAGAUUCGCGACAUCAUCAUCAACCUGCUGCACGGGCUGAAGAGGAAGCAAACGAGGUUGAGACAGAGACAGCAACGAGAGAGAGAGAAUGCCCCUCUCGGAACCGGCGCCGGCGAUAGCGCCGAAGCUGCUAGUCCCCCAGCUCCACCCCGGACGACAAGUACGAGCACGACGGGGAGCGCCAACUCGGGCCUGACAACGCUGCUGAACGAAGGGUUGGAGAACGGAUAUCGACCGGGGAGCCAGCGAGAUGACGGGCGGAGCAAUGCGGCGCCCUCUCCGACCAAGCGCUUUAUUCAGCGAGAUCAAGACCGCGGCUCUGUCAACUCGGAACAGUCGAGCCUCUCCAGCAACACGAUGCAGAACAUUCCCGUGUUGCCCCCUUAUCCGGGCGACGAGACGAUUCCCUCGGGGCCUCCGGCAAGCGACAUGGGCAGCUUGGAUAAUUUCCCUCCUCCUCCGCCGCCGCCGCCUAAGGCUUCGCAGCAGAGCGCGCUGGCAGCGCUGCAGAGAGGAGGCGAUCUGGAGAGGCGAGCGUCUCGAAGGUAUUCGGCUUACCAGAUAUCAAAACAUCUAGGCGCCCAAGCACCGGGAAUUCCCAUGCUUCCGCCUCAGACGAGCCCAAUACCGAACCGCGGGCGGGGCGAAGCGAGGGAGUCAAUGCGUGCAAUGCAAGCGAGAGAUUCCAUUCGGCAUAAGCGCAACAUGUCGAGUCAGUCGCGGACGGCGGCAGCCCCCGAUUCGUCUCCCGUCAGGGUCCCAACCCGCGUCUCGGAGGAACCAGAGGAGCCCCCCGGCGUCCAAGAUGACGACAAAUUCAAGCCAAGCGCGACCUUGACCGGGCCCCCCACCGACGCCAUGCCGUUGAUGGAAGCAGGGGACGAGGAACAAGAAAAGCAAGCAACACCGGCUCCAGGCACGGGUCCGGCCCCGGCCCCGGCCCCGGCCACAGCGGUCCCUCCGGUAGCGCGAGCCGCCACUCCUGACAAGCCGCCGAGUACCUUCACGGAAACGCCGCCUGCUACGAAGGAGUUGACCCUGUUCCUGCAGUACAAAUCCAAGGUCAAGAAAUUUGUGCUUCCAGGGGGGUACGAGGAGCUGUCGAUUGGGCGCUUGCAACUGGCCUUUAUCGAGAAGUUCUCGUGGAAUACGCAGCAGAACGGCGCCGAUCUGCCGGAUAUCUACAUACAGGAUCCCGUCUCCGGGGUACGGCACGAGUUGGAGGAUCUUUCCGACAUCAAAGAUCGCACCGUCCUGGUGCUCAACGUGGAGCAGCUAGACGAGGUGAAGAAACAUAUCGACGACGGCCUCGGCUCGAUCAAGCAGAUGAUGAUGGAGCUGCGGCAGAAUAUCGAUGAUCAGGGCGCGGCUCUGCAGAGGGUCUCGGAACGGCAACAGGAGACAGCCAAAGAGAUGGCCCGGCUGGCCGCCGCCCCCCCAACCAUCGUGACUGCGCCCGUGGGAUCUCCGAAGCAGGCGGGGCCCACGUCGGCCUCGCGCAAGUUCGGCCCCUCCCAGCUCUCGGAGCUUCAGAGUCUUCGUCGCGACCUGGCUGUUCUCCGGCAGACGUAUUCCAACUUCCAGUCCGAGAUACAAGGAUCCAUGUCGGCACUCCGCACCAAGGCCGCCAACGUCAAGGCGGCAGCCGCCAAGGUCGCCGCCCCGGACAUCGAAGGGGAAUCGGGCCACUCGUACGUGGCCAACGGGCGCAAGAAGCUCAACGCGGACAGCGACCGGCUGGUGAACAAGGUCGACGACCUGCAGGACAUGGUCGAGGAUCUCCGGAAGGACGUGGUCCACCGCGGCGUGCGCCCGCUGCCGAGCCAGCUCGAGGCGGUCACGCGCGACAUUGCGACGCUGACCAAGGAGCUCAGCAAGAUGGAGGAGUACAUGAAGCAGGAGAAGCCGAUCUGGACCAAGAUCUGGGAGAAGGAGCUCGAGGACGUCUGCCAGGGCCGGGACGAGCUGCGCCUCGUCGAGGACCUCAUUGUGGACCUGCGGGACGACCUUGAGAAGGCGUCGGAAACCUUUGCGCUCGUCGAGCAGGCGACAAAGGAGCAGAUGAAGGACGCCGGGCCGGGCGGCGUCGGCGGGGGCAUCGCGGCGCGCCAGUUCAGCAAGGGCCUCAACUCGAUCCGCGAGAACGCGGCGCUGGCCGACCCCAGCGCCGCCAAGGAGGGCGUCCUGGGCGAGGUGCGCGCGCUGCAGCCGAACCACGAGAACAGGCUGGAGGCCAUCGAGCGCGCCGAGAAGCUGCGGCAGAAGGAGCUCGAGCGGCGCCGCGAGAACCCGCUGACCAAGGAGCUUGCGAGCUUCGUCGAGGAGGGCAAGCUGAAGAAGAGCGGCGGCGUCGAGGAGGUCGAGAGGGCCCGGAAGGCCAAGGACGAGCGCAUCCGCCGCGAGGUGUGGGAGAGGCAGAACGGCAUCAUCGCCGCGCCCCCCGAGGAGGAGCUGACCGGGGCGAUGGGAGGAGGAGGAGAAGGAGGAGGAGGAGAUCUAGGCGGCGAAGGAGGAGGAGGGGAGGAGCAGCAGCAGCAGCAGCAGCAGCAGCAGCAGCCGGUGAACCAAGGUGUGAUGGACGCGCGGGGCGUGGAGUGAUGGACCCCCUCAUGGACGUAUCAUGGGAUAGGCGGAUGGGGAGGAAGAAGGGGGAGGUAUUGGAGGACAAGGGGGGGGAUUGCAAUGCUCCUCAUUUCCGUUAUGGUGAUGCAAUUGCCUUUUUUUUUUUCGCCGGGGAAGGGGCACUGGUUGAAGAUUAUACCCACUAUUUUGCUGAUGUUAUUUUUUCUUCUUCUUAUCAUCAUCCCCGCCGCAUCUUGUUUCUGCUUGUUCUCCUGUAUCUCUUGGGUAGUACACAUGCCACGAUGCACCGGUUGCUGUUGGAUUCGGUCUAUGUUGUACGGAUUACUUCCCCCCUUUUGGUUUUGGAUGUGGCCGCGAGCUGGCAUUUCGGGCCUUGCGGCUCAAGCGGCUCGGGCAGCUCGAGAGAUCGAUUCCCGGGCCCAGGGGUGAUGCUACCCGAGGAGCCCCGCCCUCGGGACCCAUUUAUUAACCUUCCCCUCACCUUUCGGAGUAGUUGUAAUAUUCUCUGGCGCUGACAUAAGUCAGGUGAACCUUCUCCGAUGUAUUUACCAAGCUCUAGCCGGAGCUAAGAUAUGUUCCGGACAGGAACGGGCUCUUUGUAAUGCGUAGGUAGUUGGGGGCUGGAAAACGUUUAUUGCAUUGAACAGGAAGGGGAAGGAGGGCCGAGGGCGGGUCAUACAUAUAUACUAGUAUGUACGGACUACAUACUUGGGGUAGAGAGGGGGGAAAGGUUGGGGGCCGUUCCUA